AUGGUAGUCCAAGAAUCCCUAGAAUUAGAUGGUGAUAAAAAAAUCGAGAAAGUUUCUUGUGGAGGUAAUCACACGGUUAUACUGUUACAGGAUGGAAGACUUCUUUCAUCUGGAGAUGGAGAAAUGGGCCAGGUUGAUAGGGCUCCAGGAUUAGGAUGGAAAUACAUGGAGACAGGUUUGCUUAUUAAUGAUGUCGCAUGCGGUUGGGAAUUUACAAUUGCCAUAGACAACAAUAAUGCAGUGUUCGCUAGGGGCUAUGGGCCCAAGGGAGAGCUGGGACUAGGUGAAUCUAGAGUUCAAGCCACAACAUUUGAGAAAAUCAUGGAUAUAGAUGAGGGGUUUCACGGUAAGUUGUUCUCAUCGUUUCAAAAUUGUACUUUACUUGUUCAAGGAAGUAAAAAUGGUAGUAAAGUUUAUGGAUGGGGUAGUAAUUUAAAAUGUCAAUUAUUAGAACCGAAAUGUAAGUCGGUAUUCCAUCCGACACUGAUAUAUGAAAACAAUGACAUUACUAUUGAUUAUGUAGCCAUGGGUAAGGACUUCAUGGUUCUUGUUGAUAUAGAGGGACAAGUAGUUGACGUUAGAGGUUCUAUACCAACCGAUUUCCACGUAAACGAAUGGAAGGGCCGAAAGAACUUGAAAGUUUACUGUAUGUGGUCUUCGAUUCAUAUUUGGUGUGGCAAUAAACUCUACUCCUAUGGAUUUGGACAUUUUGGCCAAUUAUUUGAUAAAGAUUUUAAGCUAGAUAACGUUGUUGAUAUCGGAAUGGGUAGUGAACAUGGAAUAAUUGUAAUGAAAUGUGCUUCAAGUUACAAGGUUCUUUGUUGGGGCUGGGGUGAACACGGUAACUGUGGAUCACUCACAAAUGACAAGCAUAAGAUUGUAAACGACCGUUCAAAUACGACGAGUCCGUUAAAUGAAAUUUUAACAUGUAAAAAUGUUCCUUUGGUAUAUGGUGGUUGUGCAACCACUUGGAUCGUUACAAGAGAUUGA